AUGUUAGAAACCGUGAAGUAUCUGAUCGGCUCAAGAGGAGCCAGUGGCUUCGGCUCUAAGUCAACCGCCGAGCAAGUUACCGAGACUUGCCCUGAUCUCCGUUCUAUCACCGCCAUCAUCACAGGUGCGACGUCGGGGAUCGGAGCUGAGACGGCUAGAGUGUUGGCCAAGCGAGGGGCGAGGUUGGUUCUUCCAGCUCGUAACGUUAAAGCUGCUGAAGAAGCUAAGGCUAGGAUUGUUUCGGAGUUUCCUGACUCGGAGAUCCUUGUCAUGGCUCUUGAUCUUAGUUCUCUCAGUUCUGUUCGAAAUUUUGUGUUGGAGUUCGAGUCAUUUAACUUGCCUCUCAAUCUCCUCGUAAACAACGCCGGCAAGUUUGCGCAUGAACAUGCAAUCUCUGAGGAUGGAAUUGAGAUGACAUUUGCAACUAAUUAUAUUGGUCAUUUUUUGUUGACGAAACUGUUGCUAAACAAGAUGAUCAAAACGGCAAGACAAUCCGGCGUUCAAGGAAGAAUUGUGAACGUGUCGUCAAGUAUCCACGGCUGGUUUUCGGGCGAUAUGAUCCACUACCUAGGCCAGAUAUCGAGAAACAAAAGUCAAUACGAUGCGACACGUGCUUAUGCUCUCUCGAAGCUCGCUAAUGUAUUGCAUACCAAGGAGCUUGCUCAGAGACUGAAACAAGUGGAUGCCAACGUGACUGUGAAUUGUGUUCAUCCAGGGAUUGUUAGAACCCGUCUAACCAGGGAACGUGAAGGAUUGAUCACAGAUCUGGUUUUCUUUUUAGCUUCCAAGCUCCUGAAGACAAUCCCUCAGGCAGCUGCUACGACUUGUUACGUUGCAACGCAUCCAAGACUAGUAAAUGUAAGUGGGAAAUACUUUGCCGACUGCAACGAAGCAUGGACGUCAAAACUGGGUUCUAAUUCUAAUGAAGCUGCAAGGCUAUGGGCUGCCUCUGAAAUCAUGGUUUCCAGACACCCCAAGCAGUUUUUGAUCCGCUUAAGGCCUUCGAUUAUGACAAGUAGGAAACUCAUGUAAGA